UGCUUUACAUGUAAACCUAGUUAAUAAGCUUACAACUAGAUGUCAGUCACUCGGUUCUUAUAAAUUUGAUGAAAGAAAAUCGAUAGAGAAAUGAAAUAACAAAAAGGAAUUUGUCAACAGAAAAUUUCAGUCUGUAACUUGUUAGGUAGUUGUGUGUAUCUAAAGCAAAUAAAUUUCUAGGUAUUAUAUAAUCCAUUAUUUUCACUUUCACUCAUCGCUAUUAAAACCAAUUGAACCUUAGUAUUCUGACGCAAUCAACGUGAAGUUGUAACCUUGGCAACUAGUAUUAGUAGUAUUAUUUAAAAUUUUAUUCAAGUCACUGCCAAUUCUGAAGCAACUUUGGAAGAUGCCUACACCUAAAGUAGUAUUUGUACUCGGUCCUCCAGGAGCUGGAAAAGGAACUCAAUGUAAAAACAUUGUAGAGAAAUAUGGAUAUGUUCAUUUAUCUGCAGGAGACCUGCUAAGGGAAGAAAGAGCAAAACCUGGUUCCCAAUAUGGAGAACUUAUCGAAAACUAUAUUAGAGAGGGAAAAAUAGUUCCAGUAGAAAUAACAUGUAGUUUACUGGAGAAAGCAAUAGAAGAUUCUGGCAAAGAGAAAUUCCUAAUUGAUGGAUUUCCCAGGAGUAAAAAUAAUUUAGAUGGUUGGAAUAACACAGCAGCUAAAAGGAUCAACCUUUCAUUUGUAUUGUAUUUUGACUGCCCACUGGAGACCUGUACAGAAAGAUGCUUAGCAAGAGGAGCUGCUGGUAGCGGUAGAUCCGAUGAUAAUCUUGAAAGCUUACAAAAGCGAGUGAAGACAUUUUUAUCAGAAACAGAACCCAUAAUCCAACAUUAUAAAGCAAUGGAUAUGGUCAAAACCGUUGACGCUACAAAGACAGAAAAUGAAGUGUUUGAAGAGGUAGCUAAAAUCUUUGACGAAAUUAAAGUUUAAAUAACGAUCAGUAUUCAAUUGACAGUAAUACCUCCAAGAUUUCAAGACUGAUCUUGAAUCAAGUGAUUUGAUGCUUUUUCCAUCAGUGAUAAAUUGUUAAUUUAAGAUUAUUUAUUAUAUUUGCUCUUGAGGUUAUUUUUAACAUUUUGCCGUGACAAUUGAGUUAUGUAAUCUACUUGGAUUCCGCCCAAACUUUUGCAUUUUAAUAUUGCUUCGAUUCAGUUAUUAUCAGAAUUCUUUUAUAGUAUUUAUGAAUUGUCACACUUGGCUAACUCAUUCUCUUUUACUUAAAAGCUAGAUGACAGUAUUUUUUAAAAUAGCAUAUUUUGUCCACGAUUUUUUAGUGUAACAUCCAAAUCCAAUAAAAUUUUAAAGCAA